AUCGUGUCACUCCGCAUCCACAAAACAUGGCCGAGCCAACAGCAGAGGCCUCGGCUUCGGCCUCAGCACCAGCAGCGGCAUCAACCUCGACCUCAGCCCCGGCUCCGACACCAGCUCCAACAGUCCUGACGACGCUGCACACUCUGCUCCGCGCGCACGUCGCAGCCCAUCCGUCGCCAACACUGCCCUACCUGCACCCCUUUGCGCCCGCGCCCCGCACAGCAUGGAAGGGCAAGGCGCGCGCGAGCCUCCCGAGCGCCGAGGAGCAGGUCGCGCAGCUGCGCGCGGUGAAGGAGGCUGUCGAGGGGGCACGCGGCGUGCUCGCGCGCGGACGGGACGACAAGGAGCGUGUGCGCGCGGCAAGGGCUAUGCGCGAGGUCAUUACCCAUGAGUCCGCCCUCCUCCCGCUAGGCAGCACGCUGUCAUCCCUCCCGCCCGCGCCCCGCCCCUUGGCGGCCAUCGCGCCGCUCCCGCCCGCCGAGCUGCUGUCAGCCCUUGGGAAGCGGCUCGGGCUGCAGGUCUUCGCCGAGGACAGCCAGUUCGGGCUGCUCAAGACGAGCCUGACGCUCGCGGGUGAGCGGUUCGUGGUGGAUAUCGACCUGGAAGCGGACGCAGGGGACGACAUGGACGAGGACGAGGGGACCGAGCCGCCGAGCUUGGCGCCUACCCCGGGGCUGGGUGGCGCGUCGUUGGCCAUGUCCGCCGUUGUAGAGGACAAGGACGAGGACAAGAAGGUGGCAGCAGCGCAGCAGCCCACCGCAGAGCGCGGCAAGGUCCGCCUGGCGAAACUCAGCGCCAACCACGUCACCCCGUCCGGCGCGGACGGGAAGAACGAGCACGUCGCGCGCGUGCUCCGCGCCGCGGUGGGUGCACACCUCGCGGCGUGGAACACGCGCCCGUGCAGCGUCAAGCUGGAGGGCGCGUGUGCGGCCCUCGAAGCGGCCCUGGCGGAGCUCAAGGCGCUCGACGAGCUCGCGGCCGCUGGCGCUGCCGACUCGGCCGACCUGUUCGCCGAUCUCGAGGCGCUCUCUGCCGGCGUCGCGGAGGCCGUGGCUAAGGGCGAGGUGUAUGAGGACGCCAGCGCGCGCCUGUACCCCUCCUUCCGGCUGCUUUCGACCGCUGAGGGGCUCGAGAACCCCGCUAUUAGGAUACGCCCCGUCGCGAGGGGCGAGAACGUGCCCCCUGCUUGGGCGGCUGACGAGGGUAUGGCGGUGGAUGCGGCUCCGGAGGCCGUGCCGGCGGCGGUGAGGGACGAGGCGAUGGUGGUCGACGGGGCAGAUGCGCCGGCUACGAAUGGCGAAGCAAGCACCGCUGCCGCUGCCCCUGCCGCGGCCAACGGCGCGGCCCCCACCCCCGGCGCGAUGGCCGCCGGCGCCUGGCUGCUCGAGGUGGUCGACAACCUCCCGACCCCAGCCCCUGGAGGCCGCGGCCUGAUCGUGCGCCGGACGUGGCUGCUGCCCGAUGUGCCCACCGGUGCGGACGACACGGACGCGAACACGUGGAUCGGGAGCAUCAAGGCCGAGGGGCUGCUGUACCAGCUUGCGUUGGAGUCCUCUGGUGCCGCCGACGCCGCGCUCCCCGUCUUCCCGCAGGGCAGCGCGUUCGUCCACCGCGCCGCCGCCGACGGCGGGCUUGCUCAGCGCUGGAGCCUCGCGCAGCCCGGCCCAGAGGGGUACGUCGUUGGGCGGGUGGGCGUGCCGCGCUCCUGGGCCGAGUUUGGCCGGCUGGUGCGCGUGCUCCGCGCCCAGGCUGUGCUCGACGCGCUCGUCUUCAGCGCGUUUCCUCCUUCCGCUGUUGACGACAGCGAGGGUGAUGGCGACGACAAUGACGACGACGACAUUGACCUCGACGCGCCGCCCUCCGCGCUGGCAGUCACCGCGACGCUGCACCAGCGCAGCGUGCGCAUCAGCCUCCCGCUCGACCUGGCCAACCCCGAGUCGCCAAUGCUCUCGCUCGAGCUGUCCCCAGCCGCCGCGCCGCCAUACGUCGCAGCAGCAGUGAGCGGGAUCGACGACAACGACGCGCAGCGCACGCGCGUCGACGACGCACUCGGGCCGGCGUUGUCGCUCGACGCCGUGGCGCUCGUGUCUAGCAUUGUGGCCGCGCUGCUCGCUUGA